AUCUUCCUGUAUUCAAGUGUUGAGUGGGGAACAUAUGACAUGAACAAGUAAAAUGUGCAUGAUUCUUUCAAAAUGCAUGUAGUCUGGUGUAUCAGCUGAGGUCUAUACAGCCAAAGAAAAGUUAGGUCACUGAGUUCUGAUAACAUUAAUUAUUUAAAGAGAUAGGCUAUUGAACUGUGGCAAUGAACAGCAAUAUGACCUAUAUGAUGCAAAGCAUCAGAUGAGACCCUGCACAUUGAAUGGAUGUGUGUUAUAUCACUCCAAUGGAAGUGUUCUUGCGUGGAAGCUUCUAGCAUAGGUCUUUAAAGAAGGUUGAGGGAUGGGUCCUUCCUAAUGACUGUCAAAUGCAAUGCUAUUCAUUACUUUUGCUUUGAUUGCUGGCCUUCGUCGUCCGAGUGAAACUUUUGUGUUUUGGAGCCUUUGAAGGUGCAUCAGUUGUGAGCUUUGUUUCAUAUUGAGGGAUAAAAGCCUCUUUGAUGCUUCGGAAUAAAUCAGAAGAUGCAAAUGCAGCGGAAAUAGCUUUUUAUACUGGUUGCCCAUCAUCUGCAUGACCCCCUCCCCUCUGCCAUGAGCCCUUUCUUGAGGCCAACACAUGAUCAAUUGGCACCUUAAUUAAUAUUUUUUUGUUAUGAUGAUUUUUGACGCAUUUGAGGGUUAUGUUAUAAUGGCAAACCUCAUUUCUAACGAUGAUUUCUGGGGUAGUUUGAAGUUGGGUGCUGUAGAGAAAAUAAGAGAUUUAAGAUUUAUUUAUUUUGGUGAUGUUAACACCAUCACUGCAGGCUACCACACACACACACACACACACACACACACACACACACACACACACAGGUGAAUACCAACAGCAUUGCAAAGAUUUCUUCUUCCUUAGCAGUGCCAUGGUAACUAAGGACCCUAGAGUAUCAUGGCUAAUGAGUCUGCAUGGAUUCAUUCACUUGGGGGAAGAAAAGACUGUCCAUCAAGGGACUGAGAUAGUGUGCGUAACACAGAAUGUUUAAUUUGCUAACUUUAUUUGUCCUCUCUCGCCUUAUGUUUUUACAUUUCUGCAGUAGAUUGAUAUACAGAAUAGUGGGCUAUAGAGUAAAGCUGAGUAGGCAAGCUUUGUAUACAGUUGCCAUUUCCAGUGCAUCGCACGGCAAGGAGUAACUCUUACCAUGAUAGUUUACCCUCUGCUUAUAAUGGCGAUCAUCACAAAACUGAGACGUAGUGUCAUCACAAAAUUGGCAGUUCAGCUCUCCUUUACUAAUGUUUUGCAUUUGUCAAUAGUGGAGACAUGCAGCUUUGACGUCAUGACACAGUACUCUGAUGUUAUCACAUCAGUCAUCUGAGGCCUUGGCUGCAUAUUAAAUGCUAGUCAAUAACAAUGAAGGACUUUAUUUCUGGUUUGUGAACACUACCUGGACUCUGGAACUGUAGCACUAGUGAACAUAAAGAACUGGGCACAUGUAGAAGUGGGUUCAUUAUUGCUGUUAUUUGUGAAAGAAUGUAAACAUGCAGUAAAAGAAAGCACUAGUUCCACGAUAUUUAAAAAUGGCAGGGGGGUGUUUUGUGUACGUGUGUGUGUGUGGUUGUGUUUGUGUUUGUGUGUGUGUGUGUGUGUGUGUGUGUGUGUGUCUAAAACUCUCAUGGAAUUGUUUGCCCAUAUAAAUUCCAGAGUGGACCACCUCUUGGUUCCUAGGCUUGCUGGCCUCCUAUUGUCUCCCAUCUAUUCACCCCUGAGCUCUUUAUCCUCCUGGACCAGGCAUCUCAAUUAAUGCACAUGGGGGAGCUGUGUGUGUGUGUGAGAGAGAGAGAGAGUGAAAGAGUCUGCUUUUGUAUGUUUUUGUAUGCUAAACUUCUCAGUUUUCCCCAAUGUGCUGCUCCCUUGCUCACAUCACUCUCUCUCUCACCCACUCUUUAUCCCCUCUCUCUCUCUCUCUCUCUCUCUCUUUCUCUCUCUCUCUCUCUCUUUCUCUUUCUCUCUCUCUCUUUCUUUUGCUCAUUUCCCUCACUCACCCUCCCCUCCCUGGUGGUGAUUUUGAAGUGAGUAUCCCAGAAUUCUCUCUGACUGCCGAGGCACAUGUUGUUAUUUUGUCUCGAUGGGGAAGAGAUGAUGUCAGUAGCUUGAUGAUCCUCCACAAUUUGCACCACCUGACGUGCAGGCUCUUGAGCAGCUCAAAGCCAGCUGUCAUUCUUGUCGGAUGCACGGUACCAGCUCUAAUCAACAAGCCUGCAGAACUAAUUGACUGAGUGGACAACUGUCUCCUCUUUGGGGAGGUUGUUAGGAGCUCUCUGCGUAAAGGGAUCCCUGGCUGUGCCAAAGACUAAGGUGGAGAUUUGCAGAGUCGAUAAGUAAAGCCGGGAUUAGGAUCUGUGGCAACCAGCGUGCGUUCUAAUCCCGACAACAGGGCGGCCGGAAAGAGAGAGAGAGGGAAGGUUGCCGGGCCCCUGGGGAAACGUGAGCCAGAGAGGAGCCAGAAUCCGAGAGAGGCGGUUGAGCCCUGUGGAGUGGCAGCGGAGGUGGUGAAGAGGGGCCUUUUGCUGCCCGCAGGAGAGACGGUAAGAGUCCCCGGAGGGCGGCCUUUCCUGCUGAGGACAUCAUGUUCCGCUGAGCGGGGCCACAAAGGAGAGGAGGAGGAGAGGGAGGGGGAGACGUGCUCCUCCGCUUUUUGGAGCAGGGAGUUUGGCAAUCACAGCGUCCUCGGCGCACUCAACACCAGGCUCUGUCUCUCUCUCUCUCUCUCUCUCUCUCUCUUUUCUCUCUCGUUAUUGAUGAGUGGCCGACGCCGUCAAGAGCCGCAGGACCUGCCAGCACCACCAGCUCCUCUCCCCCUCAUCCACUUUAACAUCUGCCCACUUCUGAGGGCUUUUUAGGAUGCGGAGACACAUGGACACGCCCGAGGUCAGAGUGGCCACUGAGGACAAGAUGCAGAGGACGGGAUGACGGCUGUGCACCCAUCUGAGGGGGGCACUGUCUCCUCCACCAGCUCCGUGCCCGUGGUGCGCUCCGGGGCAGCCGUGGCCCCUGCGGCCCCCCCUGGGGGCACCUCUCAGCGCUACGCCCGCUGGAGCCGGCAGGACAGCUCGGACAUCUGCACGGACGAUGAGGGCGGCGGGGGCCCGCCGCGACGCCUCUCGCCCCUGGAGAAGCUCAACCUGGACAUGUGCCAGGACGAGAGGGUCGUGCGCGAGCUGACCGUAGGCCGGCGCAUCGGCUUCUACAAGGUGCGCGGCGAAAUCGGCUGUGGCAACUUCUCUCACGUCAAGCUGGGCAUCCAUGCCCUGACGAAAGACAAAGUGGCCAUCAAGAUCUUGGACAAGACCAAGCUAGACCAGAAGACGCAGCGUCUGCUUUCGCGAGAGAUCUCCAGCAUGGAGCGCCUGCACCACCCCAACAUCAUAAGGCUCUACGAGGUGGUGGAGACCCUGACGCGCUUGCACCUGGUGAUGGAGUAUGCGGCUGGGGGAGAACUCUACACCAAGAUCAGCACCGAAGGGAAGCUCUCGGACAUCGACUGCAAGAUUGUCUUCUCCCAGGUCCUGUCGGCUGUGAAGCACAUGCAUGACAACAACAUCAUCCACCGGGACCUGAAGGCGGAGAACGUGUUCUACACCUGCAGCACCUGUGUCAAAGUGGGCGACUUUGGCUUCAGCACGGUGAGCCGGCGCGAGGAGACCCUCAACACGUUCUGCGGCUCGCCACCGUACGCCGCGCCCGAGCUCUUCCGCGACGAGCACUACAUGGGCGCCUGCGUGGACGUGUGGGCGCUGGGCGUUAUGCUUUUCUUCAUGGUGACAGCCACCAUGCCCUUCCGCGCCGACACUGUUGCCAAGCUCAAGCGCUGCAUUCUGGACGGCGCGUACAUCAUCCCGGCCUUCGUGCCCGAGCCGUGCCAACAGCUGCUCCGCGGCAUUCUCCAACCGCAGUCGGCCGACCGCCUCACGGUGGCCCAGGUCAUGGCCUGCGAGUGGCUACGGCCGGUCGACUUCCCCCCGGCCGCGGAGCCCUUCAAGCUGGACCCGCUCUACCUGGUGGAGGCCGAGCCUGCUGAGCUGGAGGAGGACGAGCUGGAGGUGAAGAACAUUCUGGAGUCGCUGGGCAUCACCGCGGAGCACCUGCACAACAACCAGGGCAAGGACUGCCGCAGCUCCAUCACCGGGGUCUACCGCAUCCUGCUGCACCGUGCGCACAAGCGCCGUGCUGUAGACAGCAUGCCAGUGGUGACGCAUAUGGUCAGCGAACCGGUCACAAUGGUCACUAAAAAGGACCGCUUGAAGGCCUACCGGAGCCUGCGGCACACAUCUAAACUGUGCGUCAUACUUUGAUCUUGCAGUGGGACUUGUCUUAAACAGGGAUUGGCCUAUCUCUUUUUGGGAGCAGGAGUGUGGUUCUUGAGUGGAGUAGAGAAGUAUAGAACAUGUAUUUUUCAUCAUAACAAGAAAAAAAAAUUAAUUGCCUGAUCAGGAGAAGGUGAGCAUGGAGCUCAUGUUGUCGAACUUUGCUAUGACACCUGAGUUUGUGUGAUAAUAAUGCCAUGAUUGUCAUGUAUUGUUAAUAUGCAUUGUAUCCAAUAAAACUCUAUUAUUGAA